GCAAAUCAACGCCAAGACGCUCUGGUGCGAUUUUAGCGAAGUGUUUUUUGUUAUCUGUGUUACGAGCGCACGAGAUAAUUUUUGUGCAAGACAAGUCAGACGAGCUCACAGAAAUUGAAUAAAGUGCAACUUCUCAUUUUUUUUGCAAUCAUGAGAAGGAACGUUGUAUUGUUGGUGUCGACGUUACUGAUAUUUAAUUAUGUCGCAUCUUCGAAAGUACCACGGGUUGCUAUUAUUGGAGGUGGCAUCGGUGGUGCUUCGACGUCACAUUUCCUGACGGAACUCCUGAACAACAGUUUGAAAAUUGACCUGUACGAUGCAAAAACCGUCGGCGGACGAUUGGCGACCGUAAGAAUCAAUAAUUAUGACUUCGAAGCCGGCGGUUCAAUCAUACACGCUAAAAACAUGUACAUGCAAAAGUUUAUCGAAAUGCUGGGUUUAGAGCAAAUUGAUGCCAUUGGCGACGGAAGUAUGGGUGUGUGGACGGGAGAUGAGUUCAUAUGUAAAGGAAGCGGCUUGGCGAUCAAGGCACAACUAUUUCUCAGAUAUGGCACUCAAGUGCCUAAACUUAUAGAACAUGUAAACAAAAUACUGGAAGAUUUCAUGAGAAUAUACGACCUGCAGGACGCUGGCAGAUCUUUUAACAAUGUCACCGCACUGCUGGCAGCUAUAAAUAAAGAUUUUCCACAAUUACUGCAGAUAUCCGCGAAAGAUCAUCUUCUGCAUAUGGGUUUCAGUGAGAAAUUGAUUGACGAAUUGGUGCAAGCUGCUAUUUUGGCCAAUUUUGGUGAGGAUGUCAACAUUCAGAGUUUCGUUAGUUUGGUAUCGCUUGCUGCUACAAUACCAACCGAUGGUAGUCUUUGGUCAGUUAAAGGUGGAAAUAAUCUGGUACCGAAACGUCUCAUUUAUAAGAAUAAAAAUGUAAAUGUAUUGUCAAGUCGUGUUACAAAGAUUCGUUAUCUGGCGGACAAUAGCGACUCGAGUCAAUACGAAUUAACUUACGUGGACAAAGAUUCAGAUAACACGGAUCCAACGACGUCCAACUACGACAUUGUGAUUAUUGCCACACCGCUCACUCAGGAUCAGGCGUUCCCGAUAGAGUUUGUGGGAUUUCCGGAAUCCUUGAGUUUUCCGGGAACCUUUCGAACGACGCACGUGACAUUCGUCAAUGCGGAUUUAAAACCAAAAUAUUUCGGGCUCUCUCACGCUUUAGAUGAUAUCAUAUCCUGCAAAUGCGACAAAACGAAAUUCUCCGCGAUUGGAAAACAGAGUCCCGUUGAUGGAUCGACUAAGAAGGACCUGCGAGUUUGGAAAAUCUUCAGCAGAAAUCCCAUAGACAAUCUUAUAAACAAGAUGUUUUCUAAUAUCGACGAAAAGAAGGAAGUUGUUUGGAAAAUGUCUCCACACUAUUCAACGGACGAACGUCACGACAAGUUCAAGCUUCACGACGCGUUGUAUCACGUCAAUGCGAUCGAAUGGGCGGCAAGCGCGAUGGAAAUGAGCUCGAUAGCUGGGAAAAAUGUCGCUCUUUUGGCGAGCAAUGAUUUUCUUCAAAAACACGAUUCCACAUUGUCAGAAAAUCACGUACACGUGUCUCACGAGUUGUAACAUAUUCGUUUGUUGGGAAUGAUUUACGUAAGAACGUUGUUACGUAUAACGAGUUUUAUUUUUAACGACGUAUUUUAGUUAGACUACCUGUACAAUAAAAAAAAUCUAAAACCACAUUAGUCUAGGUAUAAAAGCGGUUGGAAAAACAGGACAAGAAAAAACGGUUAGAACAGAGAAAUAAAAUGUAUUUUUUUUUUAAUGCUUAUAACGUUUUCAUAUCUUUAGAGACUGAAUUUUUUAUUCAUAUAUGUGCUUUUUUUGGUAUACAGGUAAUUUUUAUUUUUUUAACGACAUGUUUGCACAACUGUGGAUAUUUGUACGAGCUAUAAACGUGAUACCAUAUAUAUGUAUACACGAUAUCACUAAGAUAAGAGAAUGUUUGUACUCACAUUUUAACGUAAGAAGUAUCGUAAAAAUAGCAACUAAUUUCUUACGAAUCACUGCUCUUGCGUUUGACGCAAUAAAUUGAAAAUUGAAUAUGACAUCUUGAGCAACUGUAAAAAAAGAAAAAAAA